AACGCUGAAAAUAACCAUGAUGAACUUUGAGGAAAGUGAGGGGAUGUCUGCGCUCCUGUCCACAUAUCUGGAGAGGCGUUUCAUAGGAACAGAGAAGACGAUUAACAUCAAGAGGAGAAUGGUAGUUUUAAAUGAACUUUUGGAAAAAAAAGAUUUUAGUGAACUUAUUUACACUGGAAGUUACGGAGAAGGAUGUUCUCUAAAAGGUUCAGACCUUGACAAAAUGUUUGUAUUCACAAACAUAGAAGGAGUACACCCUGAUCAGUGUAAUAAUAUUCCUCAACACCUGGCACACAAAACUAUUCUGUGCAUUCGCGAGGCAGACUGUCGCCCUGGCUAUGUCCAAUUAGAGCUAGUUCAGCUAAAACAACCAGUACAUGCAUCCCUUUUGAAAUCAAUAGUUAGAUUUGAGAAUUCAUUCUUUAUUUCCAGUGAUAUCUUCAGAGAGGAAUAUGUUCUUUUUCAAGUGUCUUACACAGGUUCUAAAUGUGAAUCCAAUGGACCAAGUAGUACAUGUAACUAUACAGGAUUAAUGGGAGCAGACACAGUUUAUUGCUUUCCGUACAACAGUUGGCCAAAGGAAGCAAAUGAAUGGAUUACACGUACACGUCUGUAUGGAUGGCCACAUCCAACCUUAAUCAACAAGAUUGUAAACAGUGGAUGCCAUCUUGUUCCAGUAGGGGAUAAAUGUUCAGACGAUACAUUUUUACAAUGGAGAAUCUCAUUUGCAGCAGCAGAAAGAUCAUUAGUUCAUUCCUUUAGUCACAUCCAAGUCAAAGUAUACGUGCUGCUGAAAUAUGUUUUAAGACAAAUUAAGGAGACAUUAAAAGAAACCAUUGGGGAUGACGACAUCUUGUGCUCCUACUUCCUAAAAACAAUCAUGUUUCAUGCAAUAGAAAAUUCAAGCCAAAUGCUCUGGCAAGACAAGAACCUUUUUCAUUGUUUUUGGUUUUGCUUCAACAUUCUGAUUGCGUGGGUCAAGGCGGGAUUCUGUCCCAAUUACAUCAUCCGAGUCAACAACUUGUUCCAGAGGAAAAUACACGGACAGAAUCAACAAAUACUGCUGGAGAUUUUGGACAACUACUCUCGUAUGAAAUGGGAGAGCCUAUCAGUAAGCAACUUUGAAAAAACUUCAAUUUUGGAGCAUCUGUGUAACAUCUCCAUGCAGGCUGAGCUUCUUUGUCCAUUGACUUUACAAGAAAAUAUUAUGGACCAGGACUUGCGUAUUCUUCCUAUGUUAUCGUUUUUAUCAGUAUAUACCACAUCAUCAAUGAUGAUUGGAAAGGCAUUAAACUUAUAUUUAUCACAGUCAAAUGUAGAGGAAAUGAACAAAUACACGUAUGUCCAAGUUAUGAAUGGUGUCAGAUGUCUUUCAUUAGGACUAAUCUCCAAUGAUCUGUGUGGAAAUGAGGCUGCUGCAGGUAACAAGGCCAAAUACCAGCGUCUGAGGAAAUGUAAGUACUUGAUGACUCCCAUGGCUUCAUUCGGUACAGACGGGUUGUAUUUAGCAACUUUUCAUUUUGUGACUGGAAACAUCAGCAAAUGCCUGGAGCUUAGCAGACGAAUAUUGAAACUAGCAUCAUACUUCAAAACUUGCCAUCAACUUGAUCCAGAACUGUGCACAUUGUACAGACACCUGUAUCACCCUGGCUGCACAUUAGAAAGGCUCCAGAAAACGUACAUCGACAGCAUUAUAUUUGUAAGCAAGUACAUGCAUCUUCCUCAUCUCUGUCUAGAGCUGCUCAUAGGAGGAUUAAUAAUCAUUCCACCUCUACCAUAUGUCUUGUUCCUGAACUUCCUUUGUUACCACGAGAUUGGAGACACCGGAGCGCGUGAUGAAGCAUUACACCAACUGAUACAGAUUCAGUAUCACGAUGAACAGGGAGGACACAAGUACUGGAUCGUUCACACACUUCUGGGGAUCUGUUAUCAAACACUCGCGGACUAUCAAAGGGCCAUCAGGGCUUACUGGGAGUCAUCACAAUCACAGGCUCCUUUUCAUGUGAUGAACACUGGUAUUCACAGAAUAGCAAUAGUGUAUCUAUGUAUGUAUGUCUCACAGAUGUCUUCGACAGGAUAGUUGUGGUGUAUCUAUGUAUGUCUCAGACGUCUGACAGAGAAUAGUUGUGGUGUAUCUACAUGUAUGUAUGUAUGUCUCACAGAGGUCUGACAAAGGAUAGCUGUGGUUUAUCUAUGUAAAUAUGUCUCACAGAGGUCUUACAGAGGACAGCUGUGGUGUAUUAAAUGAACGAGUGUUAAAUGUGUCCUAACUGAUGGAGUAUUUUUAAUUUCUCAUCAUGCAGGAGAUGCUCAGCUCAAUCUAUUAGCUGUAUGAACUUAUCUUCCGAUUGCGACACUUCAACUCAACGACAGCCAUUCGCAAAUAGAUAAGAACUGCAUUAGAGACACAGAAAUUGACACGAACUUUUAUUGCUUCUUAACCGUCAGCUGCAAAAAAGGUAAUUGCGAUAUCUCUACAAUCAUCAGAUUUGAAUACUGGAGUUCAGAUGGCGUAUUCAGAAAACUGUGGGGAGUGGGAAACAACUUUUAGUCAAUUAUAAAAAUAUGGGUAUAACGGAGAGUGUACUGCAGUUAUCCCCCCUUGAACCACUCAAAUGUUAUGUAACAUACUGAACUGAUCUCCCAUCAAACCACUCAAAUGUUAUAUCAUAUAUUGUACUUAUCUCCCCUUGAAUCCCUGAAGUGUUGUGCAAUAUGAUGUUGUGAUCAGUUUCCUGAAUCACUCAGUGGCUAUGUAAUAUAAAGGAAUUAUCUCCAUUAAAUCACUAAAGUGAUAAUGAAGUUAUCUCCCCUGAAUCAUUCAUAUGUUUUGUAAUAUACUGGAGUUAUCCCCCUUUAAUCACUCAAUAGUUACCUUGAAUCAUUUUUGUGACAUUGAAAUUAUCUCCGUUGAAUCACUAAAGUGUUGUGUAAGGUCACGCACAACUCAUUCAGCCAAUCAGCUGGUGUUUCACUUGAAUCAAGUUCCUAAAGAAAAUGGAUUUCUUGGCUUUGUAGCUUUUUCCUGAGUAAAUAACACAUACAAUGGAUACUUUCUAUAUACGAGAAUAAAGAGUAGGGUGUUGAGAUGCUAAAAAUCAAAAAUAUAAACUCCUGGUAUAAAUAGAAAGAUGUAGGAUUCCAGGUGUAAAAAGGCGGGAAUUCCCCGGGUGGGGGUUCCCCUGCCCACUGUAAAUAUCAGGGUUACUGUCUUUCAAGUACUGGUGAGCUUUUAUAUGCUAUUAACGUAUCCAAUAACAUAAUUUUUCUGGAAGGGAAAUCUUUCACAACACUGGAACUUCAAAUGAGCGAUUGAGGGGAUGGAGUCAUUGGUAAUAACAUAUAGUGAAAUAAUUGGUUGUGUGAGACCUGUAAUCAGAGACAUAUAUACACAUGUGUAUAUAUAUAUGUCUCUGCUGUAAUAUACUGUAGUUAUCUUCCUUUGAACCACAUUUACUCUUGUGUAAUAAUACUAUGUUAUUGAAUGUCGGAAUUCCAUUCACAACACAAGCGAGCACAGGUAAAUCGGUCUUUGCGCAUGUGUUUAUCGAUGUACCGGAGCUUAUUCAACAUGUUCUGGUUAAUCUGCCAUUACGUCAGACCUAAACAUCGUCAAUUUUAAUACACACAACUAAAGCUGUCACCGAGGGGCUAACAAGUAUACCCCCUCGCUUUUCCAUGAUUGGUUUGGAUACUUUGUGAAGCUGCCUAUUUAUGGUACUAUAACCAAAUCAAACAUGUUCUAUGUUUAGGUAAGAACUAAGUGAAUGCAUAGCCGAACAAAAUUUUGCCCAUUUUUAAAG